GUGACGCAUAUAACUAUGGCCUAACGAACGUGCCGCGCGCCGGAAGUGGGUGCCGAGAAAGAACUUGCGGCAGGGACUACCGGGAGACCUGCAAGAUGGGGAAACAGAAGAAAACAAAGAAAUAUGCUACCAUGAAACGCAUGAUCAGCCUUCGUGACCAACGACUCAAAGAGGCAGAUCGAGCAAAAGCCAAAGACAAGAAGAAGGAAGAUCCCAGUGCAAUCAAAGAGAGAGAGGUUCCUAAAUAUCCUUCCUGCUUGUUCUUCCAAUAUAACACGCAGCUGGGGCCUCCCUAUUACAUCUUGGUUGAUACCAACUUCAUUAAUUUUUCCAUUAAAGCCAAACUAGAUCUGGUUCAGUCAAUGAUGGAUUGCCUCUAUGCCAAGUGUAUUCCCUGUAUCACAGAUUGUGUCAUGGCUGAAAUUGAGAAACUGGGACAGAAGUAUCGUGUGGCCCUAAGGAUUGCAAAAGACCCACGAUUUGAGCGCUUGCCAUGCGCUCACAAAGGAACCUACGCAGAUGACUGUUUGGUGCAGAGAGUCACUCAGCACAAGUGUUACAUAGUGGCUACUGUAGACAGAGAUUUGAAAAGGAGAAUACGGAAGAUCCCAGGAGUUCCGAUAAUGUAUAUCUCCAACCACAGAUAUAACAUUGAGCGGAUGCCUGAUGACUAUGGAGCUCCCCGAUUUUAACCACCUGUUGGAAAGAAUACAAGACUGCUAUGUCAAUUUGUCAAAUUCCAGAACACUGAGCCUGUUAUAAGGUUCCUCUGUUUUUAAUUUACUUCCUGUGGAGCUUGGAGCUGAACUGGUUUUUUAGGCUGGUCUCUUCUAGAAAAAACGUACCAUCUGUUCCUUUGCUCUGUGUUACAGAAUAAAUAUUCCUUAUUGUUUAGAA